ACGACGGCGACCCGUCGUCGAGAUUCUCCUCGUCGGCCGUGCGCGAAGUUUGCGAUACAAUGUUGAGUUAACCUCGUGUAAAUAGCAGCGGCUAAAGCUAGACGGAUACCGUGUCGAACAAUACCUCUUUGUCGGCUAUAGCAAACGGCUGUGUUUCUCAUCUCCCAAACAAAUGGCGUUGUUUAGCUAUGCAAUAACGAUAUCCACUUCGUCGUUGGUAUUAUUACUUGUACGAGAAAAGCAGCUAUUCUACUUUGGAUCCGUUUCACGAUGUACGUACAUUCCCGUCCGCGAAAAUUAAUCUCUCGCGAGUGCGAGUACGACAGCGACGAGUUUAUUUCUCGGAGAUUCGCGGAUAGCUUCGCGAUGAAACGAUAUUUAUAUCUUUCGAAAUAUCGGUCAGGGUUCGACAUCCGAACGUGUUCCGUACGUAUCGCGUGCGAAGAAAAGACCAAAUAGAGUCGUCUCGUUGGGUUGGUUAAGCUCGUCGGAGCGAUGAUAUAUUUCACUUAGGCGUUCGCGACGUUUUGCGUUUAGACGCGACGUGUUUACGAUUCCGUACGUAAACCGUCGCGCGCGUCGUCUUCUGAAAGCGAUUAGAAGCGUCGUCGUAUUUUAUUGCCGACUCGUACAAAAGAAUCAUUAAUUUUUCAUUUAUGAUUUUUCAACGACCGUGACGUUUAGGAACGAACGUUUAUAUGCGUCGUAAACGUCAGUAAAAAGAUCCUCGAACGGAUCGUACGUUUGGCCGGGAAGAAAACAUUUAUCUAAUCUCGGAGUCAUUUUCUCCCUUCCUUCCUUCUCCCGUUCGUCUUGUAACACUUUGUUUUAUCGCUUCGACGAUCGUAGCGAAAAAGUACAUAUUUAUACAGCAGCAUUUACUCAACGAGUCAUACGUCGUAACGGUCCAAAGUAUCUCGGCGCCGCGUAUUCGAUCGAGCGGCUACGGUGUCUUCUCGUAAAUAAAUUCGCGCCGGAUCGUUUUCCAAUUAUCGCGGUUAGAAAUCAUCGAGAGGACGAGCGAAUAAAAACGAUCGGACGACUGGAACCAUCUCGGAACGUGAAAAGACGUUCGGAUUCUCUCGAAAGAUAAGGAGAACUAACGACGAGAAUGACGCUCCUUGCAGAUGACAAUGGCCGAUACUUGGGAGUCCUCGUAGAGCCGAGGAGGUCUCUCUCUCUCUUCCUCGACCGCUCUCUCCUUCUUCCUCGUCGAGAGAAGAAGGAUCUCAUCGUUCGAGAGGGAAGAUUGCGAAGGGCGUAGGAGAAGAGGCAACGCUUUUAAAGGCGACUCUCGCCUUCUCUAUUCUCACCGCGUCCUCUUCUUCCCGCUGCGCGGGAUUUUCGAAAUUUGCCGGCACCUGGGAAGGAUCUAUCGGUGAAAAGGGGGACUGCUUCUCGAAAGGAAGAGAGACGUACACGUUUGUACUUACAUACGUAUACAUAUAUAGAUAUAGCAGCGUCUCUUUGAUAGCGUCGAUGUGAUCUCUGUCUUACGGAGAAGUACGUUGCUUGCGAGUAGGUGGAAGAGGAGGAGGAAGGGUGGGGACUCUGGGUACUGAUAAGGGCUUAUCCAGAGAUACGAUGGCUGCCGACCGAGCCGUUCUCGUCAGUCGUAGCGUUCAGGUGCCGUCGAUGAGAUCGUCGUCGUUCCGCUUUAACUACGGUGAUAUCGUCGCGAGUUCCUCGGCGCGAGUUCCCCUUUACCAAGCGGUGGUAUGCUGACUUGUCGUUCUCUUAGCGGGACGACCAGCGACAAAGAUAGAUAGAUAGUCUUCAAGGAUAUAGAUAGAUAGCUACGUAGAUAGAUAGAUAGACAGACAUAGCGAGAGGGAAAGAAGGGACGAAGAGACGGACGAAGAGAGAAGAGAGAAGAGAAGAGAAGUGGGACGUCGAGAGGACCGAAAAAGAUCGCGAAAGAAGUUCCAGUGCCUUCGGCCGUGCGAUCUCGGUUGAACGAACGUUUGAGGACGAGCUGGAUUAGAUAAGGAUAUUCGUCAACGACAAUCGCGAAUAAAACAUUUCGUAGGAUCAUCGAUCGUUCGCGAGUGUGCGGAGGCGAAGUGCCGUUCGAGUUUCGUGCAUAUCGGGUUAUCACGUACACACGAUUAUAUACCUAUAUAUAUAUAUAUAUCUAUAUAUACGUAUAUACACACACAUAUAUAUAUGUAUAUAUAUAUACUUUCGAGGACCUUCGUCCUUGAUCGUAUCGAUUCGUGAAUAUUUGCCGGCAGAGUUUGGGGGUUGAAAACCUUCAAACCGUAAAAGACAGUAAUCCUGUCUUCCUUAAGGAUAAACGAGGAGGAGAGAAGGAGGCACCGAGAGCCGGUCGCCAGGAGAGCUCCUAUGAAAAUGCUUCAAUCGCUCAACGCUCUGGCGGGGAAGAUCUCGCCGAGCUCGCCCACUGACAGCAACGCGAACAAGGUGCACAUGCAUAACAACAACAACGUCGUGCAUCAUCAUCAUCCGUAUUCCAAGCAACAAACGCAACCCUCGCCUGCGUCGCACUCGAGCAACAACAGCGAUCAAAAGGAGAACACCAUAAUGAACAAUAACAGCGUGGAGCAGCCGGAUCCAGACAAUAUAAAGAUGUUUGUAGGACAAGUACCUCACGACAUGGACGAGAACGAUCUCCGAACGUUGUUCGAGGAGUUUGGUCGAGUGCAUCAGAUCAACGUUCUGCGCGACAAAACUACCGGUAGUAGUAAAGGUUGCUGCUUUGUAACCUUCUACACGAGAAAGGCUGCCUUGGACGCACAGAACGCUUUGCACAACGUCAAGACUUUUAGCGGGAUGCGGCAUCCGAUCCAAAUGAAACCGGCAGAUAGCGAGAAUAGAAACGAACGCAAGUUGUUCGUUGGCAUGUUAUCGAAAAAGUACACGGAGAAUGACGUCAGAAGCAUGUUCAGCGUCUACGGAACGAUCGAGGAGUGUUCGGUUCUGCGAGACAAUGCUGGACAAAGUAAAGGCUGUGCCUUCGUUACUUUCGCUAGUAAACAAUAUGCUAUCAACGCCAUUAAGGCCCUUCAUCACUCGCAAACGAUGGAGGGAUGCUCAUCACCGCUGGUUGUGAAAUUCGCUGACACACAGAAGGAAAAGGAUCAAAAAAGGAUGCAGCAAAUUCAAGCGAAUCUCUGGAAUAUCGCGGGAGUCAACAUGGCGCCGCAUUACCUGACGACGGGUGAGACGCAUACGCUGGCGCCGUCGUCGUUGCAGUUAUUGCAACAGUUGCAAGCGACGACGAGUGCGGCCACCCCGGUAGCCGCCGGCGCCGGAGCGAACGCUCUCUCGAGUGUUCAGCAUCAGCUGUUGUUACAGCAGCACCUUGGCCUCGGUGCGGCUACCCCCGCACACGCCGCCCCACCUGCCGUUCCAAGUCCACCGGAGAUUAACCCUGCCAAUCUCCAGGGUCUAGCGACUCUCGCGUCCCUCGGUAACUCCGCCGGUGAGUAUGCAAACGCUGGGGUAUCACCGAUGAGUAUGCAAAAUCUUGUUACGUUGGCAGCCAUGACUGGCGGAAACGGCAACCUUCAAGUAUCGCCAACCACGUUAAGCGGACUGGCGAAUUCGACAGCAGGUAUGUCGCUAUCUGCCCUUCUCGGGAAGACAGGAAGUACAGGGUCGACCGGUGGAAGCCUGAGUCCUGUAACGUCUCUCGCGCUUAAUUCCUUGACAGGAGCACCUUUGAACGGAUUGCAGGAUUCUCUGAGUAACGCUUAUUCGAGCUUGCAGCAAUACGCAGCUCUCAUUGGAAAGACGACGGUGACCGUGGAAAAGAAAGAAUUGCAUAGGUUCCCGGCAUUCACGGCGGCAGCGGCCGCAGCAGCGGCGGCGGCACAAAAUUCGAGUUUCAGUGCCGCUGGCAAGCAGAUCGAGGGUCCCGAAGGUGGUAACCUCUUCAUCUACCAUUUACCGCAGGAAUUUAGUGAUACCGAUCUAGCUUCUACCUUUCUACCUUUCGGCAAUGUCAUAUCCGCCAAAGUUUUCAUCGAUAAGCAGACGAAAUUGAGCAAAUGCUUCGGUUUCGUCUCGUACGACAACUCUGCGAGCGCGCAAGCAGCAAUCCAGGCGAUGAACGGUUUCCAGAUCGGCACGAAGCGACUUAAGGUUCAAUUGAAACGAUCCAAGGACGCUUCGAAGCCGUACUAGUUGACAUCAUCCUCGAGCGUUCGUAGGUAGAUACCAAGGACUAUGGAUACUAGAGCUUUGGUCUUACUAUAUCAGUUAGCAAUAUCUAUUUUUCUCAUAGUCGGACUCGUAUUCGCGCGAUUAGUUUCUGGUUGAAUCGUAACGAGAGCAACAACCGACUUACGGGAUUUUUUCGACUCCUCAGGCAGACAGGGCCGCCAUUACGAUUCGAAGGAGCUAUCGGAAAACAGUAUUUCUUCCUUGGACGUGCAACCACGUACGAUCCUCUAGUCAAACAGUAUUUAUAGAAGAAAAUCGAAGUAACGAUAAGGCGCGGUGUCCAAGAAACAACGACUUACCGGCGUCGCUCGGUCGUAUCGUUUAUUUCACUUAUAGAUCAAAGCUAGGCUCACCCCGUUCCUCCCACCGCUACCCCCAAUCCCCAAAUUGUAACGAAGCUGUGAUACUCGAAAAGACUUUUUUUCUUUGGAUUUUUUACGAACGAGAAUUAAAGUAUCGUCCUUUUUAAAAUUUGCUUUCUACCAUAUAUGUAUAUAUACAUAUAACUCGGCUUUCUCUCUUUUAUUCCGUCCUAUUCUACAUAUAUAUAUUUUAUAAUAUAUACUUUUUAUAUUUAUAUCAACGUGUUUUAAUCGUUUCGUUUCUAAUCAUACAUAUCUAUACAUAUACAUAUACAUAUAUACACGCACACGCAUAUAUAUAUAUAUAUAAUUUAUACGAUCGCGUUACAAUCGUUGUCGAGAAAGUUCCAUGAUAUUUUGCAACCGUGAUUAAAUAAAUAACAGCCAGUAGCUGCCACUCGUAGGUCGCAGGACGUAUUAAGUAGAGAAGAAAGGAUAAACUUGAAAUCAAAUCUCCUCUCACAAAUCACACCUAUAUUUGUCGUACGCUGUUCAUUUAUCGUACCAAUAACGCGCUUUCGAUGUUCGUUCCUUCGACUUUCGAAGGUACGACAGAAGUACCUAUUCCCUCGUUCAACCCCCUUUCUAAGUUGUGUAAUCAAACUCGUUUCGUUGCAAAAGGCUGCCAGUUUAAAGCUUACUGUGCUAACUCGUUGCACAAAGUGAAGUUACGUACGUGAAGUUUACUAACAGACACAUACAUACAUUAUACACGACAUACGGCUUUGUAGACAACUAUAUACAUAAACACGGACAUAUGUAUAUAUGUAUAUAUGUAUGUGUGUAUAUAUACAUAUAUCAUAUAUAUGUAUAUAUAUAUAUAUGUGUAUGUAUACAUAUACACACACAGGUAUAUAGUUUCGCUUCGAAAACUUUCACGCAACGUCGGUAGUAACAUUAAUCGUGGAAUGAAAAAUUCUAGCUCCUUAAUUUUCUCGUUCGAGUCGUCUCAUUCGCACGUCGUGAAUCCAUGCCGUUGAACGUUACGGGAUGCACGAAAUUCUCGAUGCAUACCCAUCUCGCUAUUAUAUUAUUCACUAAGCCUUAUUUAUGGUUAAUCACGCUAUUAGUACGCUUCUAUUAGUUGGUAAAGACUAACAACCAUUGCCAUGUGUUUUCGGAAUGCCGGUGCCCGUCGCGUGCUAUUCGGCACCGUCGUCUAUCGUUCUCAUUUGAAUAUACGACACAUAUUAUACAUACGAUAUACAUAUGUAGAUAUCUAAUGCGUUCUCUUCUCCAAGGGAGAAGUAAUUUUUCAAAUGAAGGGACUUUCCGAAACUCGUGAGAACUAUCGGCGAACGGUGCUGCUUUUGUCGCGAGUGAUGCGAACGAGGCCCCAAAUAAGUAUACAUAUAUAUAUAUGUGUGUGUGUGUGUGUGUGUGCACGUACCACGUUUGACGAUUAUUCAGAACGAUUUCGUAAACGACGUCGAACUACGACGGACGAGAACAAUUCGCGAAGUCAAAGCAAUUUUGGGUCCUCGUUUGUUGAAUCUCAGUCUAAAAUCGACGACGGUCCGGACGUAGUUAUACCUGUGUGCACGAUGCACGGUGUGUUUUCGUACCUCUGAAAAGGCUUCGCAAAUGGGCGUUUGUAAUCUAGUGGGCUAGCUAGCCUUUUGGGUUUUCUCUUCGUUAAUGACGAGGACGCUCGCGAAAGGAAAACUCGGGCGGAUAGCUGGCUAGCUAGCUAGUCAACUAGGUGUAGCUUGUGUGCCCUUUUAUCUGUCUCUCUGUCUCUCUGUCUCUCUCUCUUUCUCUAUUUCUAAUCUCGUCGAAAGAGCGAGGAACGAUCGACCAAAGAGAAAGUUCGUUUUGCGUGGCCUCAGAAAGGUACGAGCUAUCCAGCGUGCAUCUCGCAUCCGAGGAUAUCCUACAUAUCUGGUGUGUGGUGGUGACUAACCUGUCCGUGUGUUUGUUUGUGUGCCAGCAGGUGGCCUGUGACGUUGUGACCGUGUACUCUCGAUCGGAGUCGCCGUGCCAUGUCAAUCUCAGUCAGUCAAUCGAUCGGUCGGUCGGUCAAUCGAUCGUCUUCGAUCGUCGACCAAGUCGGUCAGUCAGUCAGUCACGACUCCUUGGUCAGUCUCUCGAUCGGUCUCUCUGUGUCUGUCGGUGUACGAAAAAAAAAAAACACCAAAAAGAAAACACACCAAAACAAAAAAAAAAUACGCAACCCCCGUCCCGUCUUUCUCUCUAAGACUAACUGGCCACCGCCGUGUCCAACAGAUCCUACAGAUCCUACAUUCCUAACAGAUCAUCACCAAAUUCUCCCGCACUCUUCCCAUCUUAUCCUUCGACUAUUAUCUCCUACGCAGAGAAAGAGAGAGAGAGAGAGAGAGAGAGAGAGAGAGAGAGAGAGAGAGAGAGAGAGAGAGAGAGAGAGAGAGAGAGAGAGAUCCAUCCGUGUGCCUGCGAAUUUUGCGCGGAACCGCCUGCGAUUCGGCGCGAUCUUAAACGUUGUUAAAGUAAGGGGAACGAGAGAAAAGGAAUCCUCGUUGAUCGUCAAGACUACUUCUCCUGAGCAGUACAAAGUGUAUCCCGUGGGACAGAGAAGAAAGGAAGAAGAAGAGGAGGAGCAGGAAGAAGCAAAAGAGUGGUGAUCUAAUGACGGAGAACGAGAGGAUUCCGAAUACGCGUACGAAGCUCGAGAGCAAAGAGAGACCGAAACGGAGCCCAAGCGCGUCCUACCAGGAUUCGAACGGAUCCUUCGUGUCUGGGGAAAAAAAAAUCUGCGACUAUCCUUCCUCUCCUGUGAUGUAUACGUACACAUACGUAAAUACGUGUUUUAUUCCUCGUAUCACGGUCUAAAGUCGAAAAGAAUAGGAUCCUGAGAAUCUUAGACGUGAAACACCCUCUCUUGACGUUCCGAUAGGCUGAAAAAGGAUCUUUCUUUGGACCGCUAGACUCGAGAGAAAAAGAUGCAAAUAGAAAAAUAGAAAAACGAAUGGGAGGAAGAUAGGACGUAACGCUGCGAGAAUACAUUAGAUAUAUAUAUAUAUAUACAUAUAUAUAUACAUAUAGAUAUAUAUAUUAUUAUGUAUAUUAAUCGUUGACUGAGAUUUAUUUUUAUCGGCUCACUGUCGGAGUCCGCCGUCGGUGUCGAAGCGCCUGUUUGUAUACAUACGUGCCGGCAAUUUGGACAUAGAUAGAUAGUAGAUGUGUAAAGAAUAAAAAAAAAAAAAAGAAAAAACAAUUGAAAGAAAGGGGUAUAAAUUAAAAAGGAAAAAAGUAAAAGAGUGUAAGGGAGAUAAAACCCGUAAGCGGGUGUGGGGAAGAUAGACCAACGUUGAGAGUACGUCGAGUCUUUGUUCGACUCCUUUGAUGUGCGAGGACUUGUUGCGCGUUAUGUAUCCAGAUUCUGCGAAUAUACCAAAAAUGAAGAAAAACAAGAAAAUGAAAGAAACGUAAGAGACAAAAGAAAAGAUAAGAAAAUAGAGCUGAUAUACCCGCUCACUCAUUAACUCACACACAUUCAUACACAAUCAUACACACACACACACACAACAUACUCGCAACACACUCCCACACGUUACAGAGGAAAAAGCGAAAAGUAGUAGUAGAAAAGACAGAGAUAUGUAAGAGAGACAUUUUGUAAUUGACUUUGUGAUAAGACUGUAUCAUAUGUAGGAUCGAACUAGGAUCGCUUUUUAAUAAUAAAAAGCCGUGCAAUUAAGGGCCUGAUAGGAAACGACAGUGGGAACGAGUGAAUGGGAAAUGAGAGAAAGGGAGCGAGCGAGUGUGAAUGAGAAAGAAAGAGAAUAUCGAUGGGACACCUUGGAAUUUUCGGAAUUUCCGUCGAUCGAAUACGUAUUAUUAAGAAACGCGCGGACUCGUUUAAUAAAUAAAUGAAAUUGAAACAUCAUUAUGGCAUCGAGAACACGCAUGUGAGUAUCACAUUCAGCCGCGUUUCCCGAUCUACGUCACAUCCGACUCGAACUCGUAGACUCGCCUUCAACGAGAAUUUUCAAAAUUCGACGCGGUCGAAUCUCGAAAUUUUACCCGAUAUUAGGCGUAACGCGUGCGAUACAAUAUCGAUUUUCAUUUUUUGGUUCUCUCGUGAAACAUCGACUACGCGUAGUUGCGAUUUGAAGAAAAGAGUUGAUAAAAUUGAAAUUGCAAUCGUAUUACUAAAAUAUGUAGAGGAAAAAAAAAAGAAACGGAACUAAAAUAAAUGUAAGAAAAAGCGCGUCUAAUUAAGGGUUAAUUAGAUUAAAUAAGAGCUAGAGAUUCGACGCCGAACAAAUUGACAUUCCUUCUUCCACUACGCUCUCGUAACAACGUCGGGAGACGAAGAAUCAAGAGAAAGAAAAAGAGAGGGAAAGAGAAAGAGGAAAAAAGAAAGAAAGAUAAAGAGAAUGGAUUCGCAAUCCUAGUCUACUCGUUUUGUUCGCGUCUAUCGUUCGGCCGCCAAUUUUUCUAACAUCGAUGCACCAUUUUUGCGUUUUCGUCCCACCAUUCGUGCACCAAACUAUAUAUGUAUAUAUGCAUAUAUGUAUAUAUAUGUGUAUAUAUGUACGUUCGUCUCUUUCUUCGUUUCUUCUUCUUCUUUCACGCGUUAUUAAUUAUUACGUGAGUAUUUUGAUGUGCGUUCGUGCGCGCACCCUUACACAAACAUACACACAUACACUGAUACACGUACGUAAAAAUACAUAUACACGUGCAGACACAUGCGUCAAACCAAAUGAGCGAAGCGUCCAGCGUCUUGGCAAAUUAUUUUUUAAGAGAGAAAAGAAAAAGGAAAAGGAGAUAAGGAGGUAUACGACAGACAAAAGAAACGUAAGACGCAACGCGGUUUCGCGGUAUCGGCGCUGCGACGCUUCGCGUUAAGUUACCAAAGACGUGUCUUUAAUUAAUCAAUGUACUUAUGCCAAGGCUAACGACUAAUCAACACGUUGAUCGACAUGACUAACAAAGUGAGAAAUCGGGCACGCGUCGUCUUGUUUGUAGUAUCUCACCUCCACUUUUACACUUCACAUGUACAUUUACACGCGAAUAAUACAAGAUACACUUAAAAACAACAAAACUAGAGCCUAGUCAAAAAAGUAUCGUUUGCGGUCAUUAAUAUCGCCUAUAUAACAUAUAUAUGUUGUGUCGUCACGAUGAAUCCUGGCACAAGCGUUUUUAUUAAUGUCUGUGCUACUAAUGUUUCUUCGGAUCACUAUUAUCGUUAUGUCCAUUUUUACCGCGCUGCUGAUUAACGUCGUUGUUAUUAUUAUUAUUAUUAUUAUUAUUAUUACUAUUAUUAUUAUUAAUUAUUAUUAUUAAUUAUUAUUAUUAUUAUUAAUUAUUAUUAGAUAUAUGCUAUUUUUAUUAUUAUUAUUAUUAUUAUUAUUAUUAUUAUUAUUAUUAUUACUAUUACUACUGUAUUAUCAUUAAUAGCUACGAGCAUUAUUGAAUAUUAUCGAUACUGUAAGUUACUGCAAUCAUUUAUUAUCACUUAUAUGUAUUAUCGACAAAGAGUCGCGACGAUGAUAACAAGUAUCAACGUCGGUUGCUAGUUAAUUCGCUUAAUAAUAUUUGGCAGUCGGCACAUGUCACGACGCAUCAGGCAGGUACUUCUACGUAUGUAUAAUAUGCGUUUUCGCGAAGGAUAUUCGUUGCAAUUGACUAUGUUUUAUUAUAAAAAUAGUGAAGAAGAUGUGCCCUCAAAUAAUGAAGGCAGUUAUAUGGUCAAGCAGAAAUCACUCGUAAUGUUGCGUACUUUCGUUAGCGGAUAGACUUAAAACAACGAUUUUUAGUAAACGAAUUGAAAUUAAUCGUGAUCGUUUCAUUUUUCAAUGUACUUAACGUUCGACGAUCGCGAGAUAAUAUGCGAGUUCUCUCUCUCGACACAGUUUCUAGAUUAACAUACUUAAAGAAAUUGUAAGGUAAUAAUUUUUUAACGACUGGAAAUAGAAAUCUUUAUAACUUCGUUACCUCGUAAAAUUAAUCGCGGGUGUAAGACCAAAGCAAAGGAAAAAAAAAAAAAAAAAAAGAAAAAAGUUAACAAAAGCCAAAAAUAUUGCGAAUACGUGGAGAGCGCGAGGACAAAAUGCAAUCGUUAGACGCAAUCUAACGAAAAGGAAAAGGAAAGUUUAACGCAUCAUCGGUGAAUCUGCUCGGCUUCGAAGUUAUGCGAGACGUCGUUAUGCAGCUUAUCAUGGCACACACGAGCAUUAUUGGCCUUAUAAUUAACCGCUGUUAUUAGUAAUAUUAUUAUCCAACCUUUAAACUACAUACACACACAUACACACAUAUACACACAUACACACACAUACACACACAUACACACACAGACAGAUACAUACAAAAGUACAUAUGGCAUAACGUUUAUUUUUUAAAGCUAAAGUUAUUACCUCCUAAGACUAUCGUUACCGAUGAGUAUACCUCGU